UAACAAAUGAAACGAAUUUCGGAUGUGUGAGGUCACAGGUAGGUUACGUCACUGCGACACGUCAAGUCCCAGGAGAUUCCGAUGUUCAUUCUGACGCAUCAUAGGAUGGGAUUUCACGCAGUCAGAAUGGCCAACUGCGAGUAAAUUCCCCGCUUCAAAUAUCGUCCACUAACCAUUCUUUUAGAAUAAUUCUCUCUUUUAACCAACACAUCAUAACACGCAAUUUAUUAAAUAUAAAAUUCAUACAAAACAAUCAAUUAUAUGAAAUUUCUUUGAGACAUCAUGUUGUUAAGAAGACACUGUCGUGUGUUGUCAGAAAUUGGGACUGCUGACAGCACAGUUGUGGUUCGAGUGUGGUCGGCGACCUGUGGAGGAACAGUUGCCUGAGAAAGUUGUGUGCAGUGUGACAGGAUACGUGGAAUCCAGGAAACUGCGGAUAAAUUCGAAUCAUUGGUUGAGAGCUGAUCUCAGAGGACUGUUGGAUUGCACGUGAUUCCUCUGAAUUGUAAUUCGAACUUCGGUUCUCGUACGUCAUGUCGCAUUUUCAGUCUCCAAUGCCCUCUCGCGAAUUUCUUUGGGAUGUUUUUCAGAGGGUUGAUAAAGAUCGCAGUGGUUAUAUUUCUGCAGAUGAACUUCAGAUUGCAUUAUCAAAUGGCACUUGGACACCCUUCAAUCCAGAAACUGUACGGCUAAUGAUAGGAAUGUUUGAUAAACAGAGCAGAGGAGCUGUGAAUUUUGAAGACUUUGGUGCACUGUGGAAGUAUGUCACAGAUUGGCAAAAUUGUUUUCGCUCAUUUGAUAGAGACAAUUCUGGCAAUAUAGACAGAAACGAGCUGAAAAUAGCUUUAACAAGUUUUGGAUACAGGCUGUCUGAACACCUCAUUGAUUUGCUGGUACGGAAGUAUGACCGUAGUGGUAAAGGAGUAAUAUAUUUUGAUGAUUUCAUUCAGUGCUGCAUUGUAUUGUAUACUUUGACAUCUUCAUUCCGCCAAUAUGACACAGAUCAAGAUGGAGUGAUUACAAUCCAUUAUGAACAGUUCCUCAGCAUGGUUUUCAGCCUUCGCAUCUAAUGUUGUAUAUUUUUGAGACCCAAUGUAUUUUAUGUAAAACAUUGUUGAUGGUAAUUUUGGGAAACCUUGACAUGCUUCAGAAAUUUGUCCUCUAAAUAAGUGUGCCAUUUUGAAAACAGUUAGCUUUAUAUUUAAAAGAACAAAUUGUCAUUUCUCUUGAAAUUUGAUUUAGUUUAUGUGUAUCUUUUCAUGUUCUUUUUGUAUGUAUAUGUCUGUUCUAAUAAUGUCUUUUGUUGUGACAUUCUACUUGUAGGUUGUUUUCUUUAAGAAUGUAUGACAAGAAAUUGAUUCACGAGAACUUGACUUUAUAGAUCUUGAAAAUUAUGUGAGAUACUUGUGCGGUUCUUUUCAUUUUGAGGAUUUUAUUAUAGUUCCAUGUCAUAGGUGCAUUUGAGAAAUGUUUUGGAGAAAUUGCAUGUUAUUCAUUUGCAACAUCAAUAUGUAGAAGAAUCAGCAAUUGAAGGGCUUAAUUUUGUACCGAGAAGAUCUUCCCGAGUACUGAGUAUUGAGUUUUACAGAAUUUUUAUGAAUGUUUUACUGUAGAGCAACUAUGUCUGUAGGUCUGAAGGAUACUACGCCAAGCACACAUGUGCACAUAGCUUUAAUAUUUUAUACCUGUUAUUGUUAAGGAAUUUACAUUUAUAAAAUUAUGGACCUAUUGAGAAGAAUAAAGAUCUGAAUCUAUAAUAUGUGGAGUGUUAGCAUUGAGUUUGUUUAUAAAUUGUUAAUUAGCCCUUCUAUUUGUGUUGUUUAAUCAAAGAAGAUGGGUAAUUAUUUGGAUUUGGUUAUUACUUGGGUGUACUGUGGUAGUUUAUUUCUGGAAGUUUAUUACACAGCAAUAUUGCUUAAAUGUAAUAAGGACAAUAUGUGCUGCUGGAUUACAAUUGAUAUUACUGAAGGAGCAGCGUGAGAGAAGACAAGAUAAUUAGUAUUUUGCAAGUGCAAUAUUGAAAGAUUUCAUUGUAUUUUUCUUGGAAUGAUAAAAUCAGAAUGUCCAUGUGGUGUUAACUUUCCAAAGCAAUCCUACUUUUUGGUAUAGAUGUGCUUUGGACUGCACAGCUUUACUAAAAGAGCAGCUUCAGAGAUGACUAACCUGCUUCAGUGUCUCUUUGUUUUCUUGAUUUUCCAAUACCUUUACACAAUGAAUUCAAGAGAAUAACUAGCAGUAUGAUCUUACGGCAAAAGUGCCCAAUAAUGUAAAAGAAUUCACACCUAAGGACCUUGUUGAAUGUUAAGUUAUUCUUGAAUGUAUUUUCACUCAAAAUGGGAUUUGCCGUAGUAUGCUUUCUCUAUGAAAUAUUUUGAACAUUAUAAUUUGAAAUAAUGAAGUUGAGUUAAAAGGAAGAAUGGCUUGAGACCAAAAUCAGUUUAGAAAAACAAAUUGUUAAUGACAUUUUUUUAAUGAAUUUUUUUCCACGUUGCAGCUAGAUUGAAAGAAAGUGUAUCCUUAAUCUUAAUAUAACAAUUUAAGUGACAUUAUGACUUAUGAUGUUCUUCCACAUUUGAUUUGAGUCUUUCCAGAUUUUUAUUUAAUAAAGUUUUAGACUUUUACAUGUGAUACAUUUUUAUGACAGACAUUAAAAAGUAAAGUAAAUGAUCUCCUUGCUGCAUAUUUUAUAUAAGAAAGUGAUUCUAAAUUGAAUUGCAUUAAAAAUGAGUUCUAAGAAUAUGUUUCUUGCCAGACACUCAUCUUUUAAUGUUACUUAAUAAUUAUCUGCAAUGUAAGUAAAACAAGAUAAGUCAAACUUCAGUUAAUGUGACAUAAAUGCAUUAUAAAGAUUAACUGAACAAGUGAAAGUAAGCAGCACAAUGAAUAGGUGUAGGAGAGAUUUAUGUUAAACAUUGCAAACUGUUUGAUGCACAAACAGCUCUUUUUAUUUGCAUCCUAGUGUCAUUUAUUUGAACUUCUAAAAGGAAUGUGAGGAAGGGGGACACAAUACUUCGUUAAAAACUAAAGAAAAAUCUACUGGAUUUAUAAAGAAAUGGUGUAGGUGAAAUCGUAAACUCAGAGCAGUUUGUAAGUUUGAUAAUAAAAUAGUAGGAUUGUAUUUUAUGUGAUAAAGAAGUUAAUGGUUAGUGAUUUGUUUUUCUAAAUGAAAAUGUUAGAGUAUUUGUUUAGUAAUAGAGCAUUUUACAUGGCUUUACUUAAUGUCUCUUGAAUUUGAAAUUAUUAGCAACAGGAAUUCAUUCUGCCAUAUGUUCAAAAUUCAGACUUGAAAAUAUAUAAAAGAAAUUUGGAUAUGUAUUAAGUAUCCUUCUGAAGUUCCCCAAAAAGUAGAAGUUGGUGAUCACAUGCUGCUAUCAAUAGUGCUUACGUUUCCUCAAGAGAAGAACUAACUGAACAUGAAAGAAAAAUGUGUGUAAAUGGUGUCUGCACAUCACCGUGAAUGUUGAAAUACCUUUGAUUGAAAUAAAACUUAUUUAAGAAUUAACUUGUUUUUUUUUUGGGGGGGGGGGGAUGAUUGGCAGUUUAGGACCAUGCAGACAUAUACCUACACUUUAUGAGGCUCGGUAAUAUAUAUCCUGUGGCAAGUGUACGUGACUCCUUUUUAGGGGAUCAGCAUUUGUUGAAUAGAAUUUUUAUCCCCUAGGGUUGCUAGUUCUGGGGGAAUGGAAGAUUGAUUGAUAAUAAUGAUUAU